AUGGCUACCUGUGUUACCCCUCCUCGCGCCGCGUCACCUCAACCCUCUCCAUCUAAGAAGGCUGCGGCAGCCCUCGAAGCUUUCUCCCUCACGACCCCUAUCAAGCCUGCCAAGACCAUCAACGACGAGCGGCUAUCUCACUCACCGAGCUCGGUUUCUGACGAGCUUCCCGAAAUGAACUUCCUGAAGGCCGAGCACGCCACACAGGUCUCUGAAGAGGAGCACAAGCUUGAGACCACCGUCGAGGACCUCAGGACUAGAUAUGUUGGUGAGGUUGACCUCCCGGAGGACCAGGAACCUCUCUUGAUGGAGUCCAAGCGUCGCUUCGUAUUGUUCCCCAUUCAGUACCAUGAGAUCUGGCAAAUGUACAAGAAGGCGGAAGCAUCGUUCUGGACCGCAGAGGAAAUGGAUCUCUCCAAGGACUUGCAUGACUGGAACAACCGCUUGAACGACAACGAGCGCCACUUCAUCUCGCACGUCCUUGCUUUUUUCGCCGCUUCCGAUGGUAUCGUCAAUGAGAACCUCCUCGAGCGUUUCUCCAAUGAAGUGCAAGCUGCCGAAGCUCGGUGCUUCUACGGCUUCCAGAUUAUGAUGGAAAACAUCCACUCCGAAACUUACUCUCUACUCAUUGACACCUACAUCAAGGACCCUGCGCAACGAGACUACCUUUUUGACGCCAUCGAGACCAUUCCCUGUGUCAAGCGCAAAGCUGAUUGGGCAAUCCGCUGGAUCAACGAUCAACGCAGUGGAUUCGCCGAGCGUCUCGUUGCAUUUGCCGCCGUGGAGGGUAUCUUCUUCUCCGGUUCCUUUGCCAGCAUCUUUUGGCUAAAGAAGCGUGGUCUCAUGCCUGGACUCACCUUCUCCAACGAGCUCAUAAGCCGCGAUGAAGGCAUGCACACCGACUUCGCCUGCCUGCUUUUCUCGCACUUGCGUCGGCGCCCCCACCCUGAGGUCGUCAAGGCCAUUAUUGUUGAGGCGGUCGGCAUCGAGCAAGAGUUCCUGACGGAUGCCCUUCCUGUCGCCUUGAUUGGCAUGAACGCGAAGCUCAUGUGCCAAUACAUCGAGUUCGUGGCAGACCGUCUCCUCGUCGCUCUCGGUGGCGAAAAACACUACAACGUCACCAACCCCUUCGACUUCAUGGACAUGAUCUCCCUUCAGGGCAAGACGAACUUCUUCGAGAAACGUGUCAGCGACUACUCGAAAGCCGGUGUUGCGACAUCGAAGCACGGUCAAGCACCAGUCGAAGGCGAGGCUCCCCCUGCAAGCGCCAAAACAUUGUGA